AAGGAAACCAUAAAUCAUUGAAAUUGAAAAUAGGCGAUGUUUAAAUUUUGAGUUAUUAAAUUUCAACGCACAGGGUUUUCGAUGAGGCGCCACCAAAAAUCCUAAGACGGAAAAUUUCAAAUUUCAGAAGUAGGAGUAGGGGAGGCGGAUGACAGAAGCUCCUAAAGGGCAGCGCUGUGAACACGCGUCGCUUUGUCCCUGCCUUUCCUUUUACUCCUUUCUCUCUCUUAACUGUCGGUGUUAUAAAGUGAUUCCGAUACUGUCAGUUGCAAGAAUUGGUCAUCAGUCAUCACUUAAAAGCACCGAACAACAUAUCCUUUUUUCCCCCACGUCUCCAAAACCAUCGUGCUGUACACGCUCUACACUUAUUUAGGAUCUUGUCUUAUAUUGUACUUCAAUUUCCAAACCCUUAAAAUUAGUAUAAUGAUUUAUAAUUUAUUAAAUUUAAAUUAGUGGAGAGUGGAAUCCACUCAAAAAAGUAAAAGCGUGAAGGGGAAUGCAAAGCGGUGAAUGCAAAAGCCGGCACAACAUCAACAACCUCGCCGCUUGUCUCGAAAUUUCCGCGUGACACGUACACUCGUACAACGUAUCACAUUGUCUCCUAACUUGGGCGGCGCCUCAGUCAAACAACUAAUUGACUGCACAGCUUCCUAACUCUAUAUAUUAAAACUAAUCCAUACGCAUUUGACUCAAACCAAAAUAUUUACAACCCUGAGAGAAAGAAAAAAAGGGAAAGAAAAGUUUUUAUGGCUCCCCAAGACAAAAAUGCGAGCAAAAUCUUGAAGAAAGCUAACGUUACUGGAAGUACGAGCAGCCAAGAGGUGCAUUUCAGGGGAGUAAGGAAGAGGCCAUGGGGUAGGUACGCUGCCGAAAUCAGAGAUCCCGGAAAGAAAAGCCGUGUUUGGCUUGGUACUUUCGAUACGGCUGAGGAAGCUGCCAGAGCCUACGACGCGGCGGCGCGUGAGUUUCGUGGACCUAAGGCUAAGACCAACUUCCCUUUACCGGAUGAAACCAACUGUUACAAGGGCCAGAACCAGCAGAGCCCUAGCCAAAGCAGCACGGUAGAGGAAUCUGGAAGCCCAACGGUGGAGCGUGGAGUCAACACUGUGACCGGGGCAGUAGGGAGAUUCCCUUUCGCGUGCCACCAGCAGCUGGCUCUGGGUGGUGGAGUCGCUAAUGGUGGGAUUAGCGGGGUGACCCAGUCGCGGCCGGUACUAUUUUUCGAAGCGUUGGGAGGAGCUGGCGUUGUUGGUCAGGUUUAUCCGGUUCGGUUCGAUCCGGUGGGAGUGCAGUUGGGUAUGGGAUUUGCAAGUGUUGUCCGAAGUGAACCGGACUCUUCAUCGGCCAUUCAUUGCAAGGCAAGGAGACCUGGCCUUGUCCUCGAUCUUAACCUUCCUCCUCCAGUCGAUGCUUGAUGUUUUGCAUUUUUUUUUCCUUUUUUUUUUUUACGGGAAACGCCCUUUCAUCAUCUUAAUUUAAGACAUCUGAGAGGUAGGAAGCUAUGAUAAACAAGAGGUGAUAGUAAUCCGUAUUUUGUAUCGUUUUAGACACGGUUUUAUCCUUUAAAUCCUAUGUAAAUAGUUUUACGAUAGUAAUCCGUGUUUGCAAACUGAGAGGAAAACUAUGAUCCAUUAUCUUAGAUGAUUUUGUUUAUAA